AUGUGUAAACAUGUAUUCGCGUUUGAUCAUGUGAUAUUAGCCAAUAAACCGUCAUGUGAUCCUCUUGUAUAUGAUGAUAUUAGAGAAUUGGAAAAGUUACGAAGACAACAUCAAAAGUAUGUUUUACAUUGUGUGAUACCAUCAUCGAAUGAGUCGGUGGUAAAUAAAUCUUCAUAUUAUGAUGGUUGCGACUGUAAAGAUAAUUGUAUCUCGGAAGAUUGUGGAUGUAAAGCUAAACAUGUACAACAUGGUAUUCGAAUACCUCUUCAAAUAUUCAAAACCACAAAUGGACGUGGAUGGGGAGUACGUACUUUAAGAAAUAUAUGUAAAGGAGAAUUCAUAUGUGAAUACGCUGGUGAAAUCAUAAAAAGUGUGGAAGCUCAACGAAGGUGGAGAGAAUUAAAUUUGAAAGACAAGGGAAAUGCGCAGAAUUAUAUAUUAUGUUUAAGAGAACAUAACAUAGAUCCAACGCGCGUCGGAAAUAUAGGAAGAUAUAUCAACCAUUCUUGUUCACCAAAUCUUCUAAUUUACAUAGUUCGCUUUAAUUCUUUAAUACCUAUUGCUGCACUAUUUGCCAAAUGUGACAUCGAAACAGGAAAAGAAAUAACAUUUGAUUACUCUGGUGGCGAAAAUCAAAUAGGAGGCUUCAUAGAAGGAAAGAAUGGUGAAUUCAGAUUUGAAAAUAAAAAAUGUUUAUGUGGAAGUGAAAAUUGUAGAGGUGUACUACCAUUUGAUUCAACUUUACAAGAUACUAUUUAA